AAUAAGCAUCGCUAUAUUGGUAAGUGYWAAUAUGAUAGCUAAAACGGAAGCUUGUUUGUUUCAUCAAAACUUAUUWUUUYAAUCCCUGAAAAUUCUUCAUUUUCUGWAYAUAAUCACAUCCGCAGGUCUCAUCACAAAAUAUUACGUAGUCGAUCGAAUGAGGGAACAAUCCGAAGCCUUCACUCAAGGCUUGUGGGAGGUCAUUGAUAAGUCUUGGUUACAUAUUUUUAAUGAGCCCGAACUCCAGGUUCUGAUCAGUGGUGCAAGCGAUGGAAAGAUUGAUGUCGAUGACUUGCGAGCWAAUACACAUUAUGCUGGUGGAUUCACCAGCAUYGACAGAAAUGUUGUUCGCUUUUGGAGUGCAUUUUCAAGUUUGACUGGCAAGCAGCAGGCAGGUUUGCUCCGUUUUGUAACGUCGUGUGAGAGACCACCACCUCURGGGUUUGCAACUCUUAUUCCACCGUUCACGAUUCAAAGGGUGGGUAUAUCGAGGGACGGAGACAAGCUGCCWUCGGCAUCCACUUGCUUCAAUGUUUUGAAGCUUCCGACGUAUAGCUCAGAGAAAGUGAUGAAGGAGAGAUUAAUAUAUGCAAUCGAAUCAGGAGCAGGUUUUGAGUUGUCCUGAGAGGUUGAUAACAUUUACCAGCAAUGAAAAAAACUUAGGGAU